ACGAUAACUUCAGUUCAUAGAAUGUAGAAAGAAAAGUAGUUAUUUUAAAUUUUAAAUACACAAUUUUUCAUACAGAAAAAGACAUUUAUUAUUAAAAUAAUAGUAAAAAUAGUAGAGUAAAGAAAAUAUAAACUAUUAAUUCAGUGAAAAAGUUUGUUUGAUCAUAAUUUAGUUACUAAUCGAUUGGAAUUGGAGUACAGAGUGUCACGUGCGUAAAACCUGUUUGAUAAACAAGAAAAAAAAACCAAAUGUCAAAACAAAUAUCGAAUAUUUUUUUCAAUUACUGCAUUAUCUUCGUAUUGAAACACAUUCCCAGAUAGUUGACAAGAAUAAUUUCUAUACACCAAAAAGCAAAAAGAAAUGUACAUACAAUAACUUAACCUAAAAAACGAAAUAUUUUCGAUAUUUUCUCUCUAAAGAAAAAAAAUAGAGUUUUAUACGUUAAAAAUAAAUAAAUAAAUACUGAUACUACUCAAAAGUUCGACAAAAAUGAUUGAAUCCUCAUCGUGGAAUCCAAGACGAGACGAAUCCGUGUACAAAGCGGCGGGAUCAGCUCAACUUGCAAAAUAUGGACAAUUCUUUGAGAAAUUAGCCGAAACUGUUCAUAAUGAAUUAUCGUCAUUGGAAAAUAUUAUUGAGGGACCUAUUCGUGUUGUUUAUAGGCCUGUUGAAGAUAUUAGUUUAUUAACAUUAGUUGAAACGGAAAAUAAAAUGUUUUCAAAAAUAUUGGCGGCAGUCGCUGGCACAUGCAGGGAAAUAAGAAUGCUCAAAAUUGAAGCUGUGAAUUUUCAUAAUAAACUAUUUGCCCAAGGUGAAAAAAAUUUAGAUCCAAAUAAUUCAAAUAUUUCAAGUCUCAUCGCCGAUUUACAAGAUGUUUCGACAUACAUUAAUCGCAUUAAUACCGUUAUUCAUUUGACCGUUCAACAAUUGUCGAGUUUAUCCGAGAAACCACAUGAAAUUUAUCUUCCUCUCCUAAUGGAACAUCUUUUGGAUUUAUUCUACAUUUUGGUAACUCUAGACGAAAUAAUAGAUUCACAAUCAUCGAUAAUUGCACGUUGGAAAAAGUAUCGAAUUCAAGUGCGUUCGGUAUUUCACAAUACGACACAAAUUUCAAUACAGGAAAAUCGUUUAAUUACAUUUGAAAAUCUCCUCAAGGAUCUAAAUCAUCAACUAUUGUCGAGGACAAUAUUUUUAAAGGCAAUCGAACGUACAAUGGAUAUUACGAAAAAUUCAACAAUGGCCGAUCAUUUUUUAUCAUUUCUAAGGAAUACGGUGACAGAUAUUGAGACAAAAUGUAAUAAUGAGAAUUAUUCAUUGGAACGUAAUUGGUCAAGGGUGAAUAUUGGUAUUGUUAUUGCAUCAAAAUUUUUUGGCACUAAUGAUAAAAAAUUAAUUAAGAGAAUUUAUGAGAUUAAUAAAAAAUAUUAUGCACUGACAAUAUCUGGCAAUGUACUGUGGAUGCCGAAUAAAUUCCUCCAAGAUUAUUUACCAAAGGAUAGUGUUAGUCAAAUUAGUGCGCAAGUAGGUGAGAAGAUACUUUUAAUGAGAACACAAAAAUUAUCAACAAUUGCAAAUGCAUUAAUUCAUCGUGCGACAAUAUGGUCCAUUGAAAUACAGAGUAUACUUUAUAAAAAUGGUUUUCAAGUAUUGCAAAUUGAACGACAAUGCUUUUUGCUUAAUGAAGUUUUGAUAAUUAUGAGACUGAUUAGGGAGAAUGUCAUGUUUAUUUCUAAUUUACAUGCGGCUUUAUCGAAACCAAUGACUCGUGGCACUGUGCAAUUGAUAUGCAGAUUGAUCGAAGUACAAAAGUGUUUAGAGACGAGUUUCCACACAUUGGGCCCGAUGAUAGUGCAAUCCCAAUGUAAAGUCCUGCAGCAAGUGAGUUACUAUAUUCUUCGUAUUUUAGACACAAUUCGCAAAGGCCUAACGCAAAAGGACAAGGGUUACAGACGUGAGCGCCUCGACGCUCUAUCACUAAUUGGUCUGAGUAUGCGAUUAAUGAGCGGUGCAGCGACAGCCGAUCGUCGUCUAAUUGUCCGCUGUUCACUCGCCUGCGCAAGUCAAUUAACCGAUGCUUUCAAAGACGACGACGUCAUUAAAUUACGCCUCUAUCUCGACACCUACGACACAAUCGUCGAACUCUACGAUCGCGUCACUGAAACCUGCGACUAUUCCAUUCUCCUCCAUCACCAGACAAUGCUCGCCGCCUAUUUCGCCACCGUUUUCGAGAGCAAUCAAAAUAUAUCCCACAUCGUUCACAUUUUGGACGCUUUCAACACGGCCGUCACUCGUCAAUCGGAAUUCGCCCAAAUUGGAACGAAAAUCGCCGAUCAGAAGGAAAUGCUGAUGAAAAAUAUUCUCCAACCUGCCUGCGGUGGGGAAAUCGAAACAAAUCUCCGCCUCGACGUUCAUACUGAUUUCAAGCCGAAUUCCACGAAUCCGUUCAAAAUCGGCGCGAAGAAUAGUUUGAGAUUCGUGCAAUCACUGCCGUUGGCGAAUGAGGAUAGAUUGAUAUCAGUGAAGAGAUAUAUCGAACAUUAUUUGGACGAUAUUUUUUAUAAUCUGACAACAGUCGCUUUGCAUGACUGGAAAAUCUAUGGCACGAUGCACGCACUCGCGAAGUACAAAUUGGGGUUGGAUACCAUAAGAAAUCAUUUGCCAACCCAAACUUUGGAGCAAGGAGUCGACGCACUGGAGAUAAUGAGAAAAAUACAAAUUUUCGUCUCCAAGUAUCUUUAUAAUUUACAUACUCAAACUUUUAUUGAACACACAAGUACGAGCAAGCAUCUAAACACGAUCGGAAUUCGCCACAUUGCGAAUUCGAUAAGAACUCACGGAACGGGAAUCAUGAGUACAACCGUGAAUUUCGUGUACCAAUUCCUACGCAUCAAGUUGCAUACCUUCUCUCAAUUUCUCUUCGACGAGCACAUCAAGUCCCGACUAAUGCGCGACAUCCGCUUUAUAAAAUCCCAACGCGAAGGCAAUUCUUCCCCGUAUCCUUACGAAAGAGCAGAAAAAUUCCAGAACGGAAUCCGAAAACUAGGAUUAACCCCCGACGGUCUUAGUUACUUGGAUCAAUUCCGCCUCCUGAUCACCCAAAUCGGCAACUCUCUCGGCUACGUCCGUCUAAUUCGCUCCGGCGGUAUGCACGCCUGCUCAAAAGCAAUUUCAUUCCUCCCCGAUAUCAAUUCAAAAGUGAAUUUUGAAUCGCAUUGCAAGAAUUUAAAUUAUUCGGAAACAACGCAAAAUGCAGCGAAAAGAUUGGACGACGACAUUGAGAAUAUUGUGAGAAAUUUUAAAGAGGGUAUCGAGUAUUUUAAAUUACUCGUCGAUGUUUUUUCGACCGCAUUUCGUGAUUGUAAGAAAUCGUAUCAUUUACAGCAGUUCUAUGCAAUUGUACCGCCGUUAACGCUGAGCUUUGUCGACAAUGCGGUGUCAAAUAAGGAGAAAUUAUUCAAGAAAGAUAAAACUGGUGCGGCGUUCACUGACGAUGGAUUUGCAAUGGGUUUGGCUUAUAUAAAUGCAUUAUUAAAUCAAAGCAAUGAACUCGAUGGACUCGAGUGGUUUGAGACUGUGAAUAAUUAUAUAAAUGAGCAAAAAUCACAAACUGAGAGUAAAGCCGAUUAUGAGGAUGAAAAAUUACAGCAAACGCGUGCAUUGACAUUGAAACGAUUGUCGGAUCGUAGAGAUGAAUUUCAAUUGUUGUAUUAUAGUUUAUCGGGUGCGAGAAUAUUUUUCAAACAAGAUUCUUAAUAUUUGUAAGUAUUUACAUUUCAAUUUCGAUUUAAUUUGGCAGAAAU